AUGUUCUCCCGUGCUGUUCGUCCGGCUGUGAGGGCUGGUAGCAUUGCGGUCUCCCGCACUGCUCCUCCCAAUGCCGCCAACUUCGCGACUCUGCGUGAAAUCGAGGGCCGUCUCAAGUCCAUCAAGAACAUCGAGAAGAUUACCAACACCAUGAAGGUCAUCGCCUCCACCCGUCUUACUCGCGCCCAGAAGGCCAUGGAGGACUCUCGCACCUACGGUCAGACCUCCAACACCGUUUUCGAGAACGCCGAGACCAAGCCUCUCGAGGACAAGAAGACUCUGCUCGUCGUCGCCAGCUCCGACAAGGGUCUUUGCGGUGGUAUCCACUCCGGUCUCAGCAAGGCUACUCGUCGCAUGCUCCAGCAGCACCCCGAUGCCGACAUCGUCGUCCUCGGUGAGAAGGCCAAGGCUCAGCUGUCUCGUACCAACCCCAACGCCAUCGUCCUGAGCUUCGCCAACGUCUGCAAGGACAUCCCCACCUUCAACGACGCUCAGUCCAUUGCCGACCAGAUCUCUCAGCUGCCCACCGACUACGCCAGCAUCAAGAUCAUCUACAACCAGUUCAUCAACGCCCAGUCCUACGAGGCCGGUACCGUUGAGGCUUACUCUGAGGAGGCUAUCACCCAGUCUCCCAACCUCUCUGCUUUCGAGACUGAUGACCAGACUCUGGCCCACCUCCGUGAAUACGCCCUUGCCAACAACCUCUUCUGGGCUAUGGCUGAGGGUCACGCUUGCGAAAUCUCCAACGCCUCCAAGAACGCUGGUGAGAUGAUCAACAAGUUCCAGAUCUUGUACAACCGUCAGCGUCAAGCCGCCAUUACCGGUGAACUGGUUGAAAUUAUCACUGGUGCCACCGCCAGUGCGGACAUGUAA